UGGUAGUCUUCUUCCCCUUUAAACCAUGGAAAACUGAACUUUUAUUGGAGCACAAUCAGCAGCUGCUAAGUGCUAGUGAGUGAAGAGGAGGUAUAAAUACGAACCACCCCUCCCAACCUUCUUUAUUCACAAUCCAUGACGUGCACUUGCUCAUCAGCACAACUAGCACCAAAACAAUAACAGAAGGGAGGGUGAAAACGUGGUGGUGCUAGGCUCCCCCUCACUGCCAGCCUAUAUCUGGAUGACUGGCUUUUCAGAAAGAAAAAAAGGCACCUGCUCCCUCUGCAGCUCAGAGCUGGGAAGUGUCUGUAGAGCGCAACUUGAGAGUGUAUCCUGCUCACUAACCCAGAAACAUCUGUGGCUGCUGGACAGCAUCUUCUGGCAAAACCUUCCUCCACCUCACAGCCUUCUACUUCCCUCUGCCUUCUGUCACUUGUCUGCAAUCCAGGGCUGGAUUUCAUAGCGUGACGCCCCGAGGCCGCAUGGUCCCAGCAACUGCUCAUCCAAUACUAAAAUGUGCAUGAUGGAUGAGAAACCUGACUCAAAUUUAUCUGUAAUAUGGUAUAGGAAAAGCAUCAACAAGACCCCAACCUACGAAGAACCUAACAUUACUUAUGUGGAUUUCUAUCUUCAUCGACCCUCAGUGGCUGCAGUUUUUAUUGCUUCAUACCUACUUAUAUUCAUUCUCUGUAUGCUAGGCAACGGAGUUGUUUGCUUCAUUGUUCUAAGCAGCAAACACAUGAGAACUGUUACCAAUCUUUUCAUACUCAACCUUGCCGUUAGUGAUUUGUUGGUUGGGAUAUUCUGCAUGCCCACAACCCUCUUGGAUAAUAUUAUUGCAGGUUGGCCCUUUGGCAGCACAGUCUGUAAGAUGAGUGGCAUGGUUCAAGGGAUAUCUGUAUCUGCAUCUGUUUUCACAUUGGUUGCAAUUGCAGUAGAUAGGUUUCGAUGCAUCGUUUACCCAUUCAAGCAGAAGCUGACUAUAUCCACAGCUGUUGUCAUUAUCGUAGUCAUCUGGGUUUUAGCAAUUGCCAUAAUGUGUCCAUCAGCAGUGAUGUCUCAUGUUAAAGAGGAUAAGAACUUUAGGGUUAUUAUUGGCAAUAGCAACCAAACAAAUCCCAUUUACUGGUGCCAAGAGGAUUGGCCUAACCCAGAGAUGCGCAAAAUUUAUACAACUGUUCUCUUUUCAAACAUAUACCUUGCUCCUCUAUCACUUAUUGUGAUCAUGUAUGCUAGAAUAGGCAUCACAUUGUUCAAAAGUGAAUUAAAUGUUGAAAAUAAGAAUCACAAACAGCCAAGACAUGCAGUUUCCCGCAGGAAGCAAAAAGUUAUUAAAAUGCUGAUUAUAAUAGCUUUGCUUUUCAUUCUCUCCUGGUUGCCACUGUGGACACUGAUGAUGCUAUCUGACUAUGCCAACUUGACGCAGAGUCAGUACCAGGUGAUAAACAUUUAUAUUUAUCCAUUUGCCCACUGGCUGGCAUUUUUCAAUAGCAGUAUCAACCCUAUAAUUUAUGGAUUUUUCAAUGAGAAUUUCAGACGCGGCUUUCAAGCAGCUUUCAAACUACAGCUAUGCUCUGAAGAAAUGGAGAGGCGAACAAUGUAUUCUCAUCGAGCUCAGGGAAAUGCCAUUCUACCAGCAGCUUCCCAUAACUCGGCUCGUCAAAAUUCAGCAUUUGAAAAGCAAAGCAGCGACGACAAAGAGUCAGAUAAGAGAAAGCCUCUUACAAGUGACCAAGAUCUAAUCAUGGAAGACCUGGAAAAAUGUUCAAAUAAUAAUGGAAUCCAAAAAGACAUGGUUUGAUUGGUGUAAACACACAGCCCCCUAAUUGUCCUGAUUUAGUAAUUGCAGACACCAAAAAAGCUGGAACUUACCAGGAUGUGGGGUUGAUCAGGGGUGCCUGGGCAUAAACUGGGAAUUUCCAGGAUUUAUUAGGAGCAUGUGCUAAAAUGGCCUGAUUUUUCUUUAUUAAAUGUUUGAAGGAAAACACAGCUUAAAAAUUGUACAUAUUGUGUUCGACAAAGACUUUAUCUUAAGCUGUUCUCACUAUAAGAUAAAUGAAUGUUCCAUUGCCCAAUUCAUUCAUGCUGUAUUUAUGCAGAUCCAUGGAAAAAAGUUAUUUUGUACCUAAUUUUGUGUAGGCUGUCUACUGGAUGCUUCUGUAAAUUUCCAUUUUUCACAUAAAAGCUAGCAGUGAAAGGA